AUGGCACAGGAAACGUCCUUUGCCCUGGUUACAGGCUGCAGUAGUGGUAUCGGAAAGGAACUAGCUAUAGCUUUUGCAGCCAAAGGAGUCACCGUCCUCGCCACGGCCAGACGUACAGAGUCGCUAAAGGAAUUGACAAGCCAGCACGAAAACAUCGAGGCUUUUGCCCUCGACCUUGAUGAUCUCACGACCAUCGACAGCCUGAAAGAAGCCGUCACCAAGCGCACAGACGGCCGUCUGGAUUUUCUGGUUAACAAUGCCGGCACGCACUACGCAUCUACGUCAUUGGACUUGGACAUCAACGAAGUCUCGAAGCUCUUUCAAGUCAAUGUUUUUGCAGUCAUGCGACUGUGUCAAGUCUUCGUUCCUCUACUUCGCAGCUCGCCUCGUGCGCGCAUCGUGCAGAUCGGGAGCGUGACACGUAGUGUACCGGUUGUAUGGCAGGGCGCCUACAACGCUUCAAAGGCCGCAUUGAGCCAAUUUUCGAAAACGAUGCGUCUGGAAUUGCAACCUUUCGGCAUCGAGGUUAUCGAGGUCGUUACCGGAUUUGUCCGCAGCAAUCUCCUCCAUCAAGGCUUCAUUGCUCCGAGCGACUCCCUGUACCUCCCAAUCAAGAGUACCAUGGAGGAUGUCAAAAUCGGUGGCAAUGAAAACGGUAUGCCGCCAGAAGUGUUUGCGAAGUCUGUGGUAAAUAAGGUGAUGCGCCGUCGGACGAGCAUGGAGAUAUGGCAAGGCAGGAUGGCGUGGCCACUCCGCAUUCUCACUAGUUAUUUUCCUUUGUCGUUUUUGAUUCAAGCUUAG